GGGAAAGCUAAGACUCGGGUCACUUGCUGUGUAGGAGUUGCCGUGUGUGCGUGCUAGUUUAUUUUAAACAUGGAAUGUGAACAUUUGUUCAUAGAUCACAUAUUCAAACAUGUUCCUGGUUGGAUUGUUCACGUUCGUUGCCAUUAUUGACUGAUUUAUUAAUAAAACAAUCGUUAUUCAAUCAUGUAGUAGCCGAACAGCGUCUUUCAAUCUAAGAGCAAACCCUCCGGAAUAAUAUUCGGAAAUACAAUUCGGAGAUUGCGUUUCUCGUUUCACUUCAGGAAUAUACAUUUUUUUUAGUCUGUUGGAUUAAUGCAGUUAUGUAAUAACUAUUUGAAAUCUCGAAUGAAAUAAAUAAUAAAUGUCGUUGAGUGGGUGCGGCAGUGAUAAAAUUUGAUAGUUUAAGUGCUAGAUAGCCUCAUAUCAUUUCCUAAACUGAACGUCAAAAAUCGCAUAGUUGGGGAAAAUAUUGGAAUUUGGCCACUAAAUUUUCACCGACAUUGGAUUUUUGUUUUGUUUCCAGGAUUCGCCGAUUCCCAAACGGGGCGAUUUCGGAUUUUGGCCGUAACACAUACACCGAGGUGAACAAAAGCGCUCUCAAGUCAGGUCAUGGUAUCGACUGUUAAAUAGUCGACUGCAUCGUAAAAUAACAAUACGUAACACAGGUCAUGGUAGCGAAAGAUAAGUAGUCGACUACUUCAUAUAAUAACGGUACGUAGAACCUGUUCAAUAGUAUCGACGGUUGACUAGUCGACCACUUCGUAUUAUAAUGGUACGUAACACAGGUCAUGGUAUCGCUCGCUGAAUAGUCGACGACUUCGUAACUCGCGAAGGUACAGUUUCGUUAUGAAAUUUGUCAAAACGUGAUUUGUUAAUAAUUUUAGAGAUCAAUGAUGUUUAUACUCCCAGAGACACUGUUUGACGGCGCGAUACUGGUACACACAUAAAGCACUGAAACAUUGUCUCUUUGUGACUGAUGCCAAUAAUGAAAGUUUGAGCCAUGGUACUGCUUCAUUUGGCCCAGGGUUGGAUCCCCAAGAAGACGUGGAUGAAGGAAAUCCAUAAUUUCUUUAAGAUCCAGUAAAUUUGAAUUGCAACCAAAUGAUGAGAUUGACAUUUCCAAAACAGUUUGACAUUUCCAAACAGUUUGAUGUUGCCAAACAUUUUGAUGUUUACAAACAGUUUGACAUUUCCAAACGUUUGACAUUUCCAAACAGUUUGACGUUUCCAAACAGUUUGAUGUUGCAAAUAUUUUGAUGUUUCCAAACAGUUUGACAUUUCGACACAGUUUGAUGUUGCCAAAUAUUUUGAUGUUUCCAAACAGUUUGACAUUUCGACACAGUUUGAUGUUGCCAAAUAUUUUGAUGUUUACAAACAGUUUGACAUUUACAAACAGUUUGACAUUUCCAAACAGUUUGACAUUUCGAAACAGUUUGAUGUUGCCAAAUAUUUUGAUGUUUACAAACAGUUUGACAUUUCCAAACAGUUUGAUGUUGCCAAAUAUUUUGAUGUUUACAAACAGUUUGACAUGUCCAAACAGUUUGAUGUUGCCAAAUAUUUUGAUGUUUCCAAACAGUUUGACAUUUCGACACAGUUUGAUGUUGCCAAAUAUUUUGAUGUUUACAAACAGUUUGACAAUUCGACACAGUUUGAUUUUGCCAAAUAUUUUGAUGUUUCCAAACAGUUUGACAUUUCGACACAGUUUGAUGUUGCCAAAUAUUUUGAUGUUUACAAACAGUUUGACAUUUCCAAACAGUUUGACAUUUCCAAACAGUUUGAUUUGCCAAAUAUUUUGAUGUUUACAAACAGUUUGACAUUUCCAAACAGUUUGAUGUUGCCAAAUAUUUUGAUGUUUCCAAACAGUUUGAGAUUUCCGAACAGUUUGACAUUUCCAAAGACUCUGAUGCUUACAAGCAAACCUGGCAUAAUAUAAUUUAAAAAAGAGUUUUCUUUCCGAGAGCCCUUUAAUUUUUCUAUAGAAUAUUGAGCAUUAAAAAAAACAACAUAUCUUCUCAUUGUUUGAACUUAACGUAGGAAUCGUGUGGACAUGGAUAAAUUAAUUAAUCAUAUAACACAAUAUAUAUUUUAAAUGAGUAAAAAAAUGUGUAUUGUGACGUAAUGUGAAGUUUUAGACGCACCACGCAUCUCCUCAUAACUAUUAUAAGCGCCAUUGCUUAAUGCGUGGAUUGUUUCCUUCCUUCACACAGCUUCAACGCAGUCCUUAAUUUAACAAUCCUUGAUGCGUGGAUAGACCCAAAGAGGUGAUAGGAUGAAGAUGAAAAUUUGAGAUAAAUACGCAAAUUGAAUUUUAACUGGGCUUUGGUACACGUCGAUAAUUCUUAUUUACAUGACUGUGGUUUUCGUCAACAGGAAGUACGUCACACACCUCGAUAAGAGAAGUGACCGCAUCAUGUUGUGACAUCUGACUCAAAAUGUGUGAUCCAUUUCUAAUAUAUAAAAGAUUAAUGAUACGCCUUUAAAAAUUAAUUUUUAAAAAUAAUUAAUAAAGUCGCUGGAACAAAAGUAAGUACCAGGCAGAUCAGACAGAACGCCUGCGUAUGGAUGUUCACUAACAACGUCAAUUUUUUUUUAAUACUGACAUUUGAAAUAAUUUAGCCAAUCAAAACAACACUCUUGGCAACGGCAGCGAACCAAACAUUUCUUAAAGUGGAUUCAAAUAGUGAACAUUUUUAAAGUGAAUUCAAAUAGUGAACAUUUUUUAAAGUGGAUUCAAAUAGUGAACAUUUUUAAAGUGAAUUCAAAUAGUGAAAAUUUUUUAAAGUGGAUUCAAAUAGUGAACAUUUUUAAAGUGAAUUCAAAUAGUGAACAUUUUUUAAAGUGGAUUCAAAUAGUGAACAUUUUUAAAGUGAAUUCAAAUAGUGAAUAUUUUUUAAAGUGGAUUCAAAUAGUGAACAUUUUUUAAAGUGGAUUCAAAUAGUGAACAUUUUUUAAAGUGGAUUCAAAUAGUGAACAUUUUUUAAAGUAGAUUCAAAUAGUGAACAUUUUGCAUGAUGAAUUCCUUCACAAAAUGUGCAGUCGUUUGUCUGCUCAUUUUGCUACAAAAUCAAAUUGGUAAGUUGCUUACAAAUGGAUGUGUCUGUUUGUUUUCUAACAUUUGACUCUUAUCUUUGUGAUGCAUUUCGAAGAAAUCAUUUAAANUAUAUAUAUAUUGUCAGUCGAAAUCGACCAUGGCCAUCUUAAAGCAUCGCUGUGCUAAUUGUGACCUUGGCUUGUGGGUGCGCAGAUGGCUCGUGAGGCCGAUUCUGACACGAAAUGUUCUCGUGCAGUAAGUGCAGCAGAUUGAUGGGACAUCCCCGGGUGCAGAGUUAACCCUGGAUUUUCUGGCUUGUCCUUUGUUGAUAUAAUAUUUUUUUCGGUUUUAUUUUCCAAAGCCUACUUUCGGUUUAGAAAGUUUUCAUUUUCGAUGUUUUUUUCAUUAACAUAAUGCUUGUCGUUUUUUUUUUUUCAAAGAUAAGAAAAACAUGGAUUGGGGGGGGGGGAAAGGGUGGGGGUGGGGGAUGACCAGGGUUCUAUGAAGAUUUAAAGCAUCCGUUAAAAAAUAAAAUGUAAAAAAAUCACGUAGAAGAACACGGAUAACUUUUUAACGUUCAACUUUUAUAUUUUUAUGUUUUCAUUUUUUUUUUAUUGAAUUUUUAAUACUUUCAUAUCUUUUCUUUAACAUAAGUUUCAUUUAUAUACUUGUUGAUAUCAUAAAACCUAUUUUGUUUAAAAUUUACUUGAAAUAUGACGUCAUUAAGCACAAUUUCUGUUGAGGUUAGAAAAUAAAUCGAUAAAUCGAUAUUCAUAUAAUGAGCUCCAAAUACGUAGCCCGAUGCGAUGUUUCCGAAUGCUGAUAAUUUAUUCACAAGCCAAAGUUCAUUCUGAAUAUAUUCCACAGCUGUGACCUCCUUCGUCAGCACGCCCAAAAGCAUCACACCAUCAAAAACAACGGAGCUCACUCUUCGCUGCCAACCGGAAACGGACGGACUGGGCGCCAUCUUGGCCAUCCACAUCAAAAAGAAAGAUGACGUCGGCGGUGGCGGGAAGCCGGGCGGCACUGAAGGCGGCGAGGAGGCGGGCGCCGGCAAAAGUGACGCCCCGACCGAGGGGCCAAACGAAGGUGGUGUCCAGCAACAAGACACUGGGGCGUCGCGUGCCCAGAGGGGCGCAGGAGAGCAGUUUGUUCGCGCAACGAUUACACCGGGGAACAAAAUGACCAUAGUUCCUUCAAGUGACAGGUGAUAAAAUUGUUGACAGUUGCUCAACUGAUUGGUUGCGUAUCCGGAAAUUUGAUAGAAAUUUCAUCGACGGUAAAUUUAUCGACGGUAAUUUGAUCCUUCGGAAAUUUGAUCGAAUCUUUUUUUUCGGUUUUUACUUAAAAAUUUUGCUUCAAAUUUCUUUUCGAACACUUAAUUUUUUUUAGUAUAGUGCGUUCAAAAAGAAAUUAUACGAAAAUUUUAAAGUGUGAACUGAAUAAAAGUUUCGACCAAAUUUCCGUUCGAUCAAAUUUCAGUCGAUCACUUUACCAUCGACGCAAUUUCUUUCGAGUAAUUUUCCGGUAACCGAUUGGCUGUAGCUUGGGACAUUCUUAUCUCAUGGCGUACUUCUAAAAAUGCGAUUACUUAAAAACUAGUUUUGUACCAAAAGCUCUUACAUGUUUUGAAACUUUGUUUUUUUUGCAGGAUGUUUCGAUACUUUUUUUGAUUGUCCGGAACGAUUCCUGGUAUUCCGAUGAAUCCACAUUCAGUAGACUCGUAGUGCUAGUUUUAUUUCUUAACUUAAAAAAACAACAAAAAACUAAUGGUCGUUAUUUUUUUAAAAACAUUUUUUAAAAUGAUAUUUAAAGUAUUAUAUUUAUCAGACCUACUGAACCUCUUUGACAAAUUGAUGGACCCACACGGCGUUCGGAAAGAAGAACUUUUAAAAAAAAUAAUUACGUGAACAGGGUUAAUCCUUAUGUAUAUGUCAUGAAUAUUAUUUUUAAAAAAUUCAAUAUUACAUUAGGAUUAAGUCGUAUGAGUCUAUGAGAGGAAAAUUACAGCGUAUUACCAAAGGGAUAAAUACUUAUUUCUAAUGGAUUUCAGUUUUACAAUUUCAAUAGGCGGACAACAUCUGUCCGUAUGCAAUAUAGGUCGGUUUAAGUGAUGAAUGUGUGGAGUGAUAGGCCUGGGGUAGGAAAUGGAUAGGCCUUGGAUAGGCGUGUGAUAGGCCUGGGAUAGGCACAUGAUAGGCGUGCUACAGGCAUGUGAUAGGCCUGGGACAGGCAUGGUAUAGGCCUGGGCUGGGCUCACCGAAAGCCUUAUGUUGUGUUUGAGAAGGGCACCCGAUAAAUAAAUACAAGGUACCUCACCGACAGUAAAAAGGCUAGGAUAAAGGGGGAAUCCCCAGAAACUACGGGCAAAGUCUACGAAACAAAAUAAACCAAGUGCUUUCUGCUCACUGACAUUGCGUUCCGGGCAACUUUUUUCCAGAGGACUUCCACGUCUCGUGACAUCAACAUCCGAAUUCAUAUCUGCUCACUUGGUCGCGAAAAUAAAAAUGAUCUGAUAUUGAUUCACGACUGCAGCUUAGCAGCCGUACAUUUUUUUUUCUCGCAAAACCGCGAUACAACCGGUAAAGAGUUUUUUUACGACCCGAAGUGGAGUUGCGACCUCAAAAAAUAUCGAACACAUUAUUACACACUGUUUUUUUUAUUCAGCCAAUCAAAUAGUCCUUAAUGGGGGUGCACCCAUCGCUUCCUCCUCCCCCAGGUUCAAAUCAGAAGGUUCUGUGGUGGAGCCGGCGUUCCUGUCUGUGACGAUUCGCGCCCCCGACGUGGUGGACGCGGGUCUGUACGAGUGUCAGGUGACCCACUUUGAUGACAAUGGGGAGGUUCAGGUCACCACAGAGGUCACGGAGGUCAGGGAAGGUGAGUUAUUUUUGGUACGAAAAGGUAAACGUUUCCAGUUCUUCUGCCAAAGUCCUUUUAAAUAUUAACAAACAAAAAAAAAAACAAAAAAAACAAAAAAAAAAAAAAAANNNNAAAAAAAAAAAAAAAAAAAAAAAAAAAAAAAAAAAAACAAAAAAAAAAAAAAAAAAAAAAAAAAAAAAAAAAAAAAAAAAAAAAAAAAAAAAAAAAAAAACAAAAAAAAAAAAAAAAAAAAAAAAAAAAACAACAAACAAAAAAAAAACAAAAAAAACAAAACCACAGAGAACGUGAUCACGUGAUUGUCCUAGCUACACAAUAAUUAAACUAACGUUGAUCACCCGUACAGAACACGAGAAAGGAUGGCUAUAGGAAGAGAUUUAUUAAAAAAACAUUAAUUUCGUUAGUUUUAAAAAAAAAAUGAAUUUUUUUCCCAAUAAAAGACUAUUUUAAAUUCCAAAAUGAUAUAAGCAAAUACACAUUAUACUUAUGAGUUAGAUUGUGUAUAGUUUAAAACAGUGGUUCCUAACCUUCAUAAUGCCGCGACCCUUAGCUGCAGUACCUCGUAUUGUGGUGAACCCCCCCCCUCCCAACCGUGCAAUUAUUUUCGUUGUUACUUCAUAAACAUGUGUUUUCCGAUGGUCUUAGGAGUUCCCCGUGUAAGGGUCGUUCGACCCCCAAAGUUUGAGAACCGCUGAUUUAAAAGCUAUUAGUAUUAGGCUAUAGAUUAAACAAACAGACGAACCCAAAAAGCAAGUAAUGGUCUUAAGGCAACAACACCUACAUUAUAUUUCAAUUGAAAUCAUUAUGUUCUAUUGCAUCCUACUAACCUCAAGAUAUUUCAGAAAUAAAUUUACAUUGAAUUCCUGUUUUUAAAAAAAUAUAUAUAUAUUUCAAUUGUGACGCUUGUUUCAGAACUUGAACUGACCAUGGACUCCCUGCAGCUCCGCGUGCAAACACUAGAGGGUCAGCUACCGGUCAUCAGGCUGAUCGUCGAGACCAUGCAGAAGACGGCAGACGACAAGAAGAUGCUGGAGGAUAGCAUGUUGGCCCUGAAGAGGGAAAACAGCGAGCUGACGGAGGCGGUCACCGCGCUGACCAAAGAAGUAGGGGCCAAGUGUUUAACUAUGGAUGUAGGGGUCAAGGGUUAAACUAUGGAAGUAGGGGUCAAGGGUUAAACUACGGAAGUAAGGGUCGACAGUCAAACUAAGGAAGUAGGGGAUGAUGUCAAACUAAGGAAGUAGGGGAUGAUGUCAAACUAAGGAAGUAGGGGAUGAUGUCGAAUCAAGGAAGUAGGGGUUAAUAGGUAAAAUGAGAAAGCAAGGGUCGACAGUUAAACUAUGGAAGUUGGGGUCAAGGUUCAAACUUGAAAUAAUAUUGAAAUUAUCUCUUUUUGUUCGUUUAAGCUUCAAACCCUCAAAGACCAAGUCGACGCCCUCACUGGAAGCGGUGAACAGACCGGAAACACCCCGGAACAGCAGGCAAGUACCUAUGUCAACAGUGAAACAUUCAGCAAUGAUAAUAAGAAACAUUCAAACCAUCCGCAGGUAUGUAAUUACACGAAAGAAUCUUUGGGAAUAUUUGAACUCAGCCUAGUAUUUGGGGAAUAUUUUUAUUCCGUAAAAUCAUCAUUAAAGCUGAACCUAUAUUGUUUUUUACACCCAUUGUUUGUGUUUAAUUAAUCUACUUGACAGAUUUACCGCAGUCCAACACUCUUAUAACUGAGGUCAAUGCCUAUUUCUUCUCAGCUGUGUAAAGAAAAGAUGUUAAAAAUUGGCCCCAGAGACCAUCUUAUUUGACGUUCUUAUUUUUCCAUGUCUUGAGAAUGAUGGUUUUUGGUUAAAUUUCUUUGAUUUUUUACGAAGCUGUUUUUUUUUCAACCCAGGUUGAAAACCAGCACAACGCAGAGCUGGAGCAGAUGAGGGAGAAGAUGGAGGAACUGGAGAACACGAGAAUUCACGUGCUGGAGGAGCAGGUGGAGAAUCUGAAGAGGAGCGAGGGCAAACUCGAGGAGAUGGUGAACGUGUUGGAGUUCAAGCUGAACACGAGCGUCGAGACCAGGGUCUCCAAGCUGGAACAGGUCAAUUGGAAAGGUGAGUUGGAACCGGAAACAACGUCAGAAAUCUUUGUGUAAAAAAAUUCAAAUUUGAAUGUAUAGAAAUAAAAUAUUUAAAAAAAAAUUUAAAAAUCAUAAACAUUAUGUUAUAAAAUUAUGAUCAGCUAAAGGCAAAAAUCAAUUACUUAAAAUUACCAUAGGAAAUGUUGUCCAAUUAAUACAUAUAUAAAAACUCCGUUUUUCAUUUAAUUUAUUUUAGAAAAUAUCUCAGAUUGUAAAAAAAAAAAACAAAGGAAAUCCCCCCCCCCCCCCCCCCGUGAUAUAACGCACGGAUAGUACGAUCUUAAAUAUCAAUUUUUGGGGUUGUUCCAUUAUAUGGAAUAUACUUAAAUAUCAAAUAUUGAUGCUAGAAGGAUUUGGUGUUCGUAAAAUGAUUGCAAGUCUGCAACUUAAGAGGACUGAUCCACAAGACGCUCUGCAACGCUUGCCGGCUUCCCUAACGUCGAUGCCUUUCUUAUGCCCAGAGACACAAUUCCCUAUUAAACGAUCCCUAAUGUAAAGUUAAGACCCCCAGUCAAAUAGAAAUCCCAGGUCAAAUGGGACGACAGCCUUGCCAAGCCUCAGUCUGAUUUUAUUCAUCGGGAGUUAAAAUAAAUAAGGCGACAUUGACAUUAAACCAAUUGCGACAUUGGUUUUUAAACAUCGUAUGCGCAUAUAUUAAAUACUAGAAGAUGACCCGGUGUUACCAGGGUAAUAAUGGAAAGUCUAGUGCACUUCCUUCCACCUGCAGCUGCGAAGUAUACAUAAUAAUGAUCAUAAUAAAAUAAAAGAGAAUAAAAAUAAGAGUUUAUCUGAUACGGUCAGAGUGAGUUGAAAAGGAAAUAACAUUAAUUUUGAUUACGGAAACGGAAACAUCACAUGAAAUCAGAAAAUUUAGGUUAUGUGAUUAACAGGAAACAUACAAAAAAAUUGUUGUUUUUUUAAAAUAAAUAAAUAUAUAUUGAAUACCAAAUAUGGUUGGGGCUACGUAGGUGGUAAAAAAAGUUAGUGAGAAUAGGAGAUCUGAAUCAGAGAGGUCAAAUAAGAGGCUUGAUACAAAUGCCAGAUGUCAUUUAUUUGACAAACACGGGUAUUCAACCACAAAGUAUCAAGAUGAGACUAUCAAGGAUGCACAUAACUCUUUUGUCAAACAGGCCUGUCAGAGAGCAUGGAGAGCGUGCAGUUGAAGACGCUGCCACUGCUCAUGAACAACAUCACCAGCAGCCAGCGCACCGUCAAGCUCCUGCAAGGAGAAGUCAACGCUGUGGGUACAACAAUUAACGACCAUUGUUUGAUUGUUUAACUAACUUAAGUAUUGGAUUAAGAUGGUAACUAUUAGGUGUGACUUUGACUAUCAGUUGUGACUUUGACUAUUAGGUGUGACUUUGACUAUCAGGUGUGACUUUGACUAUCAGGUGUGACUUUGACUAUCAGGUGUGACUUUGAUUAUUAGAUGCGACGUUGACUAUCAGAUGUCACUUUGACUAUCAGGAGUGACUUUGACUACUAGAUGUAACUUUGACUAUCAGAUGUGACUUUGACUAUUAGGUGUGACUUUGACUAUUAGGUGUGACUUUGAUUAUUAGGUGUGACUUUGACUAUUAGGUGUGACUUUGACUAUUAGGUGUGACUUUGACUAUUAGGUGUGACUUUGACUAUUGGGUGUGACUUUGACUAUUGGGUGUGACUUUGACUAUUGGGUGUGACUUUGACUAUUAGAUGCCACUUUGACUAUUAGAUGCCACUUUGACUAUUAGAUGCCACUUUGACUAUUAGGUGUGACUUUGACUAUUAGGUGUGACUUUGACUAUUAGGUGUGACUUUUACUAUUAGAUGUGACUUUUACUAUUAGAUGUGACUUUUACUAUUAGAUGUGACUUUGACUAUUAGAUGUGACUUUGACUAUUAGUUGUGACUUUGACUAUUAGUUGUAACUUUGACUAUUAGUUGUGACUUUGACUAUUAGUUGUGACUAUUAGACAUAACUGUAAUUAUUUGGUGUGACUUUAACUCAUAGGAGUGAUUUUAAUAGGCAUGACUUAAAAAUUAGAUGCGACUUUAAAUAUUAGAAGUUAUUUUAACUAUUUGGUAGGACUUAAAUUAAUAUUAUUUUAUUUCUGUUCUGAUUUUUGUAUAUUAAAAAGACAUUAAAUGCAAGAGUGAAAUAAUAUUUUUUUAAAAUGUCGUUUGUUUAAUAUCAGUUUACGUGUACCCCGAUACAGUUAAAUGGUGUAUUAUUCGCUGUCAACUAUUUUGUUCACCGCCGUAAAAAUAUGAUCCAUUUAAUAAAAAUUGCAAAAAAGAUAUACUGAAUAUGAUCUAAUUUUUUCCAUCUUCUUCAGAUUCUAUCCCUGCUGAAUCUCACUGACCAGGUCGUCAAUGAGCUGAAGUUAAGCGAAUUGAUCCUUGAUGGCGGAUUACCAGGUGAUAGGCCUAUCCCUGGAUAUUCCCUUGCUAUUCCCUUGCUAUUCCCUUGCUAUUCCCUUGCUAUUCCCUUGCUAUUCCCUUGAUAUUCCCUUGCUAUUCCCUUGAUAUUCCCUUGAUAUUCCCUUGCUAUUCCCUUGCUAUUCCCUUGCUAUUCCCUUGCUAUUCCCUUGCUAUUCCCUUGAUAUUCCCUUGAUAUUCCUUUGCUAUUCCCUUGAUAUUCCCUUGAUAUUCCCUUGCUAUUCCCUUGAUAUUCCCUUGAUAUUUAAUUGAUAUUCCCUUGAUAUUCCCUUGAUAUUCCCUUGAAAUGUCCUAGAUGUUCCCUUUAUAUCCCUAGACAUUUCCUAUAUCUUCUCUAGAUAUUCCCUUGAUAUUAUUUUGAUAUUCCAUUAAUCCAGUGACAUUCCUUGACGCUAAAUACAUUUUGCCGCACGUGAUAAAAAAAAGUAUACGUAUUGUUCCCUUUAACUUAAAUAGCCAUACGCCAUAAGCCAUACGCCAUACGCCAUAAGCCACACGCCAUGAUUUGUUUUUUUAUGAAAGCGAUAACGUCCCAUUGAUGUGAGGAUAACUUGUCCAAGACUUGUGGUACAUUAUGGUGUAUUAUUAUAACCAGAUGCCGCAAAGCUCUUUCCUAACUUACAAACCCGCCACAUCUUAAUCCACUAGCGUUGCAGCGUUUCUUUGGCCCUUUCUUUACAAAGUCACGGAAAUAACUGCAUAAAAUGAACGGCUCAACAACAGGAACUACAGAAUGACAUAAAAAUAUCAUUUAGCUGAAAAGCAGUAUCCGAGAGGGCGGCCAAAGAAUUGUCAGUUGUUUGUCCGCUGACGCAGUCUCCCUGCCGACACGUUCGUUGUUUUGUUGCGUUCAUUUUCUCUCAGGCUUUUCCGAUACUUUGUUUCGCUCAUUCACUUUUAUUGCACUGGACAUCAAAAUGACCUCUAAAACUGUCUCUCCAUCUCUCCCCCCCCCCUCUCCACACUGGCAAAGACAACCCCGGACUCAUCACAGGCUUCGCGUGUUACGUGUGUGGCAACAACUUCACACAGAAGCACUGCAACGCGGAGACGUCCAAGCACGUGGAGCACUGCGGAGAGAACCAGCCCUACUGCAUGACGGACGUCUACCAGAACGGGACCUUCCGGAGGAUUUACAAGCGGUGAGUGCUUCUCAGAUGUUACCGACACACGGUCGCUGCUCGAUAUUUCGAAUACAGGGGGCAACUUAAUGUGUUCACCAUGUGUUGCUCUGCUGUAUCCCCCAGCUACUAAGUUGGUGUGUUUCACGUGGAGAUGUUAUCAACAAUUUAACUGGCGCACACCCAGCCAAUACAAAUCAAUUGGUAACAUUUUUCAGAUUAAUAUGUUGCUUUUUUUUUUAGGUAGGCUUUCUGUCAAGGAAACCGGCAACAUAUUGAUGGGGCAAGGGACGCAAAUAACUUGUAAUCUUUUCAACUGUUCAAGUAAAAAUGGUUGUGUCCCCUUUUCUAACAUGUUAACCUGCAGGAGACCUGUUUUUUUAAUUUAUUUUUUUAUUUUUUUCGGAAAGAGGUGGGGGGUGGUGGACAGGGGGGGGGGUUCUUCUCCCAACAACGAUUCCAUAAUCCACGCUAACGUCUCGAAUCCUACAAUUUUCCCUCGUUGUCAUUGCAGCUGUGCCAGCAACGCCGAGUGUCUGGAGGGUAGCAAGCUGGCCAACGCGAGAUGCGCGGAAGAGACGUUCGUCACCUCCGACGCCAUGGAGUGCCACUUCUGCUGCACGUCCCCGCUGUGCAACGACUACGUGAAGCCAUCCAAAGACUUGUACACUGUGCCCCAAUGAACCAGGUGGACGUUUGCCGUGGGGGACGACCCCCCCCCCGCCCCCAUGGAAAGGCGUCGUCGACGAUUAAGUCACCAACAAAAAAAGUUAGACACUUUAAAAAAAAAUAAAUGAGGGAAUCUUCUCACCUUUUUAAUAUGGGUGGCAUGUUAUUUUUAUUUUAGCAAAGCUCAUUUGAUGAGAAAUCGAACUCGACUGUCGAUAAUGCCAAAUAAAUGAUUUGUAACAGUGUUCUCUGUGUACAUCAACUUCUGGUAUAAAGUUAAACGUACACAUUUUUUGUUCAGGU